UCAAAGGCUCGAAGCUUUGAAGUACAUAAAAGAAACAUUCUCUCCACUCCUCAAAACCGACGCAAUCUCUAUAAUCAAGAUGGUCGCCCAACCCGCCGUCCGCGCCGCCCCGCGCAUCACCUCAAUGAUCACCCGCCGGGCCUUCCACGCAACCCGCGCCCGCCUCUCCUCUCCGUACCACUACCCCGAGGGGCCCUACUCGAACUUGCCCUUCAACACCAAGACCCGAUUCUUCGCUCUGCGAUACUGGGGCUACAUGUUCACCGGCUUCUUCGCGCCCUUCGGCAUUGCCAUCUGGCAAACCAAGAAGCCCAAGGCCUAAGUUAUGGCGAUUGGUUGAGAAUAAGCUCGCGGGAAGCAGGUCGAGAUAGAGUAUCACCUAGGCGGGGACGGCAAAGAGCACGAUGCAAGUUGUACAUACAUUUGAUAAUAGACAUUGAGGCCAUCGCCGAACAUAA